ACCAUUCAAGCUCUCAGUAUCGCUUUGGCUGCCUUCAUACUGUACCCGGUGCAGCCCCACUGCCGCAUCAUGAUUAUUGAUUCCUUCGCAAAAGCUGACUUCUGGUCUAAACGUGUUCACCGCGAAGUGGGGCUUCUUUCUGCACGGGCGUCCCAUGAUCUCCUGUCCCCGUUCAUUUUCGGUCAACCAUGCCCGCUUGCAUGCCCACUCCGCUUUAUUCCUCGGGCGGUGCAUAUUUUCCUUUUUUCCUCUACGUAAUCCAACGGGGUCAUUUCCGCCACUGCCAUACGCCCUACAUAGUAUAAAUACCCAUUUAAAAUUCGUAUGUUUUCCAUCUUCGUUCUCCACCCAGAAAACAUAUCACCACUACUACUCUCUUAACUUUCUGUCACUAAUCGCCAUGAGAUUCAUCCCUUUCAUCGUCGGAUCCUUGUUCGCUACUGCUGCCUAUGCCCAGAACGUGUUCGUCACCGCACCUUCGAAUGGCGUAUCACUUUCCCCUGGCAGUAACUUUACCGUUGACGUUGAGCGCCCCAACUCCUUGUCGGGUUCUGAAGAGGUAGCCGUCGUCAUCGCUCUCCAGUCUUGCGCUACGAGGGCAUGUCUACCUCCGUCGGAGUGGCUCGGAACUAUCCUCUACAAUGGAAACUUCAGCCCAGUAGAACCCAACCCCAACCCAAUGCACCAGCAGCCCAACCAGAACUUCACAGUUCAGAUACCACCCUCUUUCCAAAAUGGAUCUGCUCUGUUGUCGGUCACUCACGUUGCACUCAUUGGCGCUGGAUACAACCCCUACAUGGAGUUCCACAAUGUCUCCAUGAACAUUACUAAUUAGGACGAUUGCUGCAUGACUAUUUCUUUCUUUUUCGGACUGGUUGUUUAGCCGAGAUGGACCUUUUUUCUGUUGCUGGACUUUGUGAACAUUUUAGAACAAUCUUCUUGACUAUAUUACAUAGCACUAUUACGACUGUUACGAAGUUGAUACGAUGCUUUUUGCUAUCAUAAUCUGUUUGUAUUGUGGACAUUGUUGUGGAGUACGUCGUCGUUAAUGCCCGGGUCAAUUAUACUGUACAAGACGCCAACGUGGAAUGAUAACGUUUAUCGCAGUGCAUGGUUGAAUCCAUUGUUGAUGUGCCCC